AUGGCACCGAAAACCAGCGGAAAGGCCGCCAAGAAGUCCGGCAAGGCCCAGAAGAACAUCGCCAAGGGAGACAAGAAGAAGAGGAAGGUCCGCAGGAAGGAAUCCUAUGCUAUCUACAUCUUCAAAGUGUUGAAGCAAGUCCACCCUGAUACGGGAAUAUCUUCCAAGGCCAUGAGCAUCAUGAACAGCUUCGUCAACGAUAUCUUCGAACGUAUCGCUGCUGAAUCCUCUCGGCUGGCUCACUACAAUAAGCGCUCGACCAUCACAUCCCGCGAAAUCCAGACUGCCGUCCGUCUGCUGCUUCCGGGAGAGUUGGCCAAGCACGCCGUCUCUGAAGGAACCAAGGCUGUCACCAAGUACACCAGCUCCAAGUAAAUUGGCAAACCAUUUUCAACCGGCCCUUUUCAAGGCCACAACAUGUAUAUGAGAGAUGAGUCGUUUUUCUUUUCAAAUUGAAAUCAUUUCUUAUUAUGAUCGUUAUUUUUUUAUGUGAAUUGUUUUUUGGAGUGUGUUCUGGGACGCAUCAAUGAACUACAAUCAAAAUUGACGAUGAAACAAAAAUAACGAACUACGCAUGUUUGAUGAAAUAGCUCUAAGAAAAAAACCAUUCUCAAAUAGUAAACACAUAACAAAAAUUUCACUGUAUUUAAUUUCAUACAACACAAAA